AGUAGUCACUAACGCACUAAUUUGUUUUUGGGCUAAACGUUAAAUAUGACCGCUAGUGAGGCGGACAUCCGUGACCUACAGUCAAAUGUCCGUAAAGUACUUACUUCGACCAAAGACCCACUGGAAAAACUCAGAUGUCAAUGCUUGUUGCGUGGAGCGAAUGGUAUCUAUGGAUUUGGGAAACAAUUUCGUAUCAUGGAUGACGAUGGGAGCAAGUCUUUAUCUAAAGAAGAGUUCAAGAAGGGUUGCCAUGAUUUCGGCUGUAACUUAACUCCAGAGGAGGUUGAUGUGCUUUUCAGAAUGGUAGAUAAGGAUGGCAGUGGUACAAUAAUUUUCGACGAGUUUCUACGUGCUUUACGCCCACCAAUGUCAAAUUCACGAAUAGAUGUUGUCAGGAAGGCAUUCAAUAAAAUGGACAAAACCGGGGACGGGAAAAUUACGGUAAUUAAACUAUGGUAGUAUUAUAAGCAGCGUUAAUAUUCGUACAAAGCACGGAAUAUGUUUCAACAAUGGAAGAUAUUUGUGGUAAAUACCUUGUUUAUAGGGAUCACUUAGGUUUAAUCUACGAGAAAAUGGUCAGAUCAUACAUUUGUCAUUGCAAUUAGAAAGUAUUAGUUGGAUAACUUGUAUAUGGUUUAUGCGACAAUGGUAUAGGGCAUGGCAAAUCAACGCGAUUGUAUUAGGUUGAACAUCUUCAGCUUCUUAUUAGGUGACACUAUUAGAUUUAUCUGACUAAAAUCUGUAUGCUUUACGACGCUGACUUUAUGUAGUUAUAUAAUGAUUUACGUUUUGUGCUUUUUAUUUCAAACAGAGGUCCAAGUGUUAUUUUGUUUCACUCCUCACUAGCCAAGCAUUACUGCAGGUACGGCUUCGACACUAUACGUCAAAGUUAACAGAACGGUAGUAAGCCUAGUAAUGCUAUCAUUUGUAAGAAUCUUUCACAUGAAGCCAUAGUAAAAUAAGUAGUCUCACAAUUUAGUAUGUGAAGUUGUGGAAUUUGAAAACAAUACUUGAGUGACUUUUCAACAACUCCCUUUCAGUUGGAUGAUCUACACAACGUGUAUCAAGUUAAAUAUGAUGCCAAAUACACGUCUGGGAGAGCGACUGAAGAUCAAGUUCUAAGAGAGUUUCUAAAAACAUUUGAAAACGAGAAGUCUGUGGAUGGUGUCGUAAGUAAUUUGGUUUGUUCACGUUUAUUGAAAUCUUUAAAUCUUACCAAACGUUUGCAAUUUUGUGUAUCUCUGUGACUAGUUUAGAGUCAAUUAUCUUAGUGGUAUUAAUUUAGUUGGAGUUGUAUGAUAUUUCGUAAUUAAGAUUAUGAUUGUUAUAAGAAACCAAGCAAAACCCGUCACCAUCACUAACCUGAUGUUUACGCCCAGAACCACACUUUGGUGUUAUUAGUCGCAUGACAGUCCUGUGAACAUUGAUGAGAUGAUUUUUUAACUGUGACAUAUCGGUUUAUAGUUUUACAGUUGACUGAAUUAGUUUUUUUGUUGGUAAGCUUAGGAGAGACUGUUUUCCAUAACAUUAUUUGUAGUUAUACCACUUAGGUACCACUUAAGGUAUUUUUAAAUUUUUUGGUUUCCCGAAGGUUUGAUCUUACGGGCAAGAUAAUUCCUGGUUGAGAGCGGUUGAAAAGAAGCCGAUUUGGUCAAAAGUUACUUAUUAUUGCCAAGACGGUUACCUGGGAAGAAUUUCUGAAUUACUACAGCGGUGUUAGUGCGUCGAUAGAUUCGGAUUCCUAUUUCGAACUUAUGAUGUGGAAGGCAUAUGGUUUAUAAACUCAUACUUUAUGUAUUCAGUCAUGAAAUAAUAUAAACGCGACCUUUUCUGUUGGGAAUACUUAUUCACUCCAGAUAUUGUUAUUGUUAUCUAACAGGAUUACUGCACCGAACGUGAUAUUUUCGAAUUAUUUUAUUCCUAGAUAUUACUAUUAUCAUUGCACUAUUUGUUGUCGUAGAAAGCAUAUUCCACUGAAUCAUCAUGUUUAUUUUCAGAAACACUCUUGGAUUAGUAGUCUUCUAGUCUCUUUCAGGGGUAUAUAAAAGAUUUAUUUGUAUUUGUAUUUCAUGCUAUUUUAAAGAACCACUCAUUCUAUUGGUAUUUGUCUUCAACUAUAUGUUAGAUAUUAGAACUGUUCUUUUUCCCUUACAUUACUGUUGUGUUCUGGUACUUAAUUUCCUGACUCUGCAGCUAUAUUGUGCUUGUUUGAUGAUUGUUUUAAUAGUAUUUUGGACUUUCAAACGUAUACUUUCUGGAUUUUAAACCUAGGACCAGUUAAAGUGUUUCUGGUGAUUGUUAUUGUGGAUGAUUCUAUAUUCCAAUACACUCCACUGGACAUCGGUGUGAACUGUGGCGUUUGGUCUGCAUAGUAUUUUCAAUUAUUUUUGAUGACUAAUAUCUGUAGUAAAACGAAGAUGCAAUAUUAAUUUUUAAGCACAUGAAAUUACAUAAUUUAGCUAUCAGUAGUUAGCGACUAUGAUUUAUAUGGUCACGUAUAUUCAAUAAAAACAGAUUCGAUAAUCCUGUUUUUAAAGGAUAGUCAUUUUCUAAUCAGAACAAGUCUCCUUGGUAAAAAAAUUAAGGUUUGUUAACAAAACAUCUAAUCAGGUCAUAAUCGACAUACAGCUUGGUAAGUUGGCCUACCACAUAAGUAUGUUUAUCAUCGACUUUUCUUGAUUGUUGUUAUUACUCAGCAAUUAUCUACUUAGGACUUAGUACUAGUAGGUCGAGCGAAUUCGCCACAUUGCAUCAUCACAGUGAGAUAAAGGUGACGAGCAAAGUAGUCAAGACAAUAAUAGUAUCAAUAACAGCUAAAACGAUUAAGUAGAAUAUGUUUCGAGAAGCAGGGGUUGAUGCCUCGGAUAAGAGUGAGAAAUAAUACUGUUAAUUUAAAUCUAGAAGGAGAAAAAAGCACACAUUUUACCAUUUAGACCAAUUCUUAGCCUUGUCACAUAAGACCUCAAACUAUUGAACCUGAUUGUCACGGGUACUCCAACUUGGCGGUUUGCAAUCCAAGAGUCGGUGACUACGAAUAGAUACUACAUCCCAGCUUAAGUGGCUGGCGUUCUACCGACAGGACGGUCACCAAAGCUGCAUAAAAUCAUGUUUCUUUCUGAAUCUUCACCGAAGCCUCAAUAGUCAACAGUAGAAAACCUAGCUAAUUGCUUUCCUAGUUUGGGACAUGACUACGAAUUGGUUUCAUAAGAGCUGAUGUUAUAGUGGAAUUCCCAAUACUAAAAUUUAUCUGAUGCAACUUAAACUCCAUGCUUGUUUCAGCAAAUCAAUUAGAUCACACUAGACAACUGAUUAGACCCGCCUAAUAGAACUGAGCUUAAAGUUUGCGAAAUUGUCUUUGGAAAAGAUAGACUAAGUUUACUUUCAAAAAACCUUAAUAAUGAGCAGAAUACUUUGAAAAAAGCAAGUAGUCUUAUUCAUAAAUAAAGAUCUGCGGACCGCUUAUUAAAUUCCUG